AAAAAAAAGAAAAGGAAGAAAACACCUUUCUUCUAUUUUCUCCUCUUAUUACCGGUUCUCCUUGCUUUCAAGUUGACGCUAAUUUUUGCUGUUGGGAGCUUUGGCCCCCCGUUCAACGUUCCACUUCUCACCUAUUUCUCUCAUCUUGAGGGGGUCCAUCCAGCUCCUGGCCCGCUGCUGGUUAAGUCUUUUUAGAAACUUUUUUUUUUUGCUUUUGGUUUUUGAAAUUCGAAGUGCUUUUGUAAAUGUGGAACACUGGAGAACCUGCUGAUUCUUAUUACGCUGUCCGGCCUGAGUGCACGGAUGUUCCCAAAUCCCGCUUCAAAAUCAGGGCUGGUAAAACAUUAAGUGAAAGGAAAUGGCAGAGUGCAUUUACUCCAGAAGGGCAUCUAGAUAUAAGCAAGACUCUAGGUCGAAUCCAGCGAGGGGGGAUCCACCCAUCAAUUAGAGGAGAAGUAUGGGAAUUCUUACUUGGUUGUUAUGAUCCAAAGAGCACAUUUGAUGAACGAGAAGAGAUACGCAAGCGCAGAAGGUCGCAAUAUGCUAUGUGGAAGGAAGUGUGCCAUGAACUAUUUCCUGUUGUCGGAAGUGGCCGGUUUAUUACGGCGCCUGUAGUCACUGAAGAUGGUCAGCCCAUUCAGGAUCCAUUGGUAGUUUUAGAGACAAAUCAAGACAAUGAUUCAGCUUUACCUUCUGAAGCUGGUAAUUCGGCUAAUUCUGCUAAUUCGUCAGACGCAGAUGUCAUUGCUUCUACUUCAGCAAUUGUGGAAGAGCUUACUAGUCGUGGUCCUUUAGACAAGAAAGUAAUCCAGUGGUUGCUUACUUUACAUCAAAUAGGUCUAGAUGUGGUUCGAACUGACAGGACAUUGGUUUUCUAUGAGAAUCACGAAAACUUGUCAAAACUUUGGGAUAUCCUUGCUGUUUAUUCUUGGAUUGAUACAGAUGUUGGCUAUUGUCAAGGGAUGAGUGACCUUUGUUCCCCCAUGAUAAUGCUUCUUGAAGAUGAAGCUGAUGCAUUCUGGUGCUUUGAACGUUUGAUGCGUAGAUUGCGAGGAAAUUUCAGAUGCACUGAGAGCUCUGUUGGGGUGGAGACUCAACUUAAUAGUUUAGCUUCAAUUACUCAAGUUAUUGAUCCAAAACUACAUCAGCAUUUAGAUGCACUUGGUGGAGGUGAUUAUUUAUUUGCUUUUAGGAUGCUCAUGGUUUUAUUCCGCCGAGAAUUCUCUUUUUGCGACUCACUCUACCUCUGGGAGAUGAUGUGGGCCCUUGAAUAUGACCCCGACUUCUUUGACAUAUAUGAAGAAUCUGACUCGGCUAGUGACAAAGCAGAGUCGUUUAAAGAAAGAGCCAAGUCAAUACGCCAGUAUGGGAAAUUUGAAAGGGAAAACAUGAAAAGUGGUGCAGAUGCCCCACUCCCCAUCUCUGUUUUCCUUGUUGCGAGUGUCUUGAAAGAUAAGAGUGCAACAUUGUUAUCAGAAGCUCGGGGCCUGGAUGAUGUUGUUAAGAUCCUGAAUGAUAAUUCUGGAAAUUUGGAUGCCAAAAAAGCAUGCACCGGAGCAAUGAAGCUUCACAAGAAAUACUUAAAGAAGGCCAAGAAGACGUAGUGUAUGAUGAAAGACAUGAUUUUGUUUAUUAUUAUUGUAUUUUAUUUUGUUUUUUUUUUUUUUUUUGUUGUUGCUGUGGUCGAGACAAAUAGGAUGCUAGUGCAUUUUGUGUCUUGAUUUUUGGCAAAGUGAUAAAAUCUUUAGCUUGGAGAUUACAGAAUUGUACAAUCCCUCAACCUGCAAAAAUGGUCCUAAAGAAAGGAAAUUGAUGUAGGUGAAAAUCAAUCACUUCCUCAUUAGUUGUGUAUCUAAAUUAAACAUCCUUAUUCUUUGGAAUUUCCUACGCAAAAAUUCCAUGUUGUAUUAUUACAUGUUUUCUUGUUUACAAUCAUCAAAUGAAAAGAAAGGAAAAAGAAAAUAUAUAUUUUGUUUGUAUCA